AUGUCGGCGUCUUUCGAGCAGAUGAGGGCGAACGUGGGGAAACUCCUGAGAGGGAUCGACAGGUGAGAAAGAGCCAAUCAGGAGGCGGGAGAGCAGUUUAGUCCGCGCGCUAAUGCUAAAGCUAACAGCAGCUGAGUUUAAGGUUUACAGAAAAACGAUUUUAAAAAGAUUUUAUGAUUAUUAUAGUUUUAUUUAAGGGUUCCUUCUGUUUUCACUGAACUCGGGACAGUUUAAUUUAAUGUUUCUGAUGAUUAUAUGACGUUAAAAUGUCUAAUUUUCAGUCAGUCAGACUGUGGAGAGCUAACGUUAGCAGAGGGUCUUCAUCUUUGUCUUCCUCCUCCUCUGUAAGAUGAAGAUGAAGGUUCCGGUCCAAAACACUCACUGACUCUAAAGACAGAGACGGGUUCGGUUCUGUAGAAAGUUCUGAGUUUAAAGGCGGGUUUAUUUAUUUAUUAAAAAAAAAAAAACUUUAACACAAAAAAAUUAAAAAUCUCCACAUUUUUGUUUCUAAAUAAUCGGGUUUCUUUGUAGUUUUAACACAUUUACAGACGGAUGAUCCUCAGGAGAACACGAUGGAGACCAAACCGCCUUAUUAACUUUAAAAGACUUUACUGUGAUAUUCUCUGUAGGAAAAGUGCUUUUAAAUAAAGUUUGAUUGAUUGAUUGAUUGAUUGAUUGAUUGAUUGAUUGAUUGAUUUGUCAAACAGGCGAAGUAGAAACAACAACAUCAGGGUUACAUUUGACUAAACCUGUAAUAUAAAAAAUAUUAUUCUUAAAGUCAAAGAGUCUUUAUUUGUCUCUGAUGGGAGAAAUUGAUCUUGAUUAGAAGGUUCUGCUGCAGACACACACAUUUAACCGCACACUCACACGACAACAACCGCCAUAAAAAAAUCAAUUACUAAAUACAACGGGAGAUAAAAUACAAAAAAUUAUAUAAUCAAUAGAGAUGUCAAAGUUAAUAAAUAGAUAAACAAUCUAGAUAUUCUCAAAAGUGUCAAUAGAGUAAUUGAUCAGUGUAAAGUCAGAGUAUCAUCCUCUAACCUCCUCCUCUCAUCGUCUCCGUCCUGAACCACCCGCUCAUCUCUGAGCUUCACUGACAGUGGGAUGAAUGAAUGAGAGCUCGGACCUGUCGUGGUUCUGUACCUCCGUCCUGAGUUCAGUAACUCAGUCACACGUACUCAGGCUUCAGGUCAUGUCACAUGUCUGUUAGGAUAUUAUUCACCAGUUUAAGGAUUGAUUGUUGAAACAGGUCUUUCAAAGUUGCGGGUGCUGACCUGCCAAUCAUUUUUUCUGCCGUUUUUAUCAAAUUUAAAAUCAGACUCCUCGAUUUCACAGUUCGGUUACCGUACCAACGGACAAUCCCACCGUAACACCGACUGGAUGGUUGUUCUGUAAAAAACACUCUGAGCCCACGUAAAAAUAAAGAAACAAUGCCACGUGUGUGUGUGUGUGUGUGUGUGUGUGUGUGUGUGUGUGUGUGUGUGUGUGUGUGUGUCAGUAUGGACCCCCGGUGUUUGUAAGAGUGAACCUGCUCCACAUGACGUCCAUAUAUGGACACUAAGUAGGUUAUAAAGUUCACCUGGGGGGUCUCCCCGGGCUUCCUACCAUCAUGGACGCCAUCGUGAAAAUGACGCCUCUCUCGUGGUCAAACUUUGGUAAACUUUAGUUUGUUAUUAAGGACGUCUAAUACUAUAAAAACACGGACUCUGGAUCCGUGUGAGUCCGUUCUCAGGUUCCUGAUCCGGCCUGGAUUUGUUGUUUUUCUGAAACAAAUCAGACCAGAUCAGUUUUACCAGAUAAAGACCUUUUACUAAAGUAGACCAGUUCAUGGAUCAGGAUUUAAGCCUGAUGGUCUGAGGUCAGACCCGGUCUCAGCUGGACUGAUGGGUCGUUCUUGUCCUGCAGGUAUAACCCAGAAAACCUCGCCACCUUGGAGCGUUACGUUGAGACACAAGCCCGAGAAAACGCCUACGACCUGGAGGCCAACCUGGCGGUCCUGAAGCUGUAAGUGGGACAUGGUCUGAGAGAUCCUGGUGGUCUGAGGAGGGCUCAGGUCUUCAUACGUCCCUGUUUAUCUUGUGUUGUUGGUUCUGUGCAGGUACCAGUUCAACCCGGCCUACUUCCAGACUCAGGUGACGUCUCAGAUCCUGCUGAAGGCUCUGACCAACCUGCCGCACACAGACUUCACCCUCUGCAAGUGCAUGAUCGACCAGACUCACGUAUCCUCUAGAUGCUCUUUUCUACGUCUUCUUUUAUAAUUCAAAGUUUAUUAUUUUUCAAUGUCGCAGCAGACAAACAAACAUCAAACAAAACAGAUGUAAUGGAGGUCAAAGAUAGUCAUAAUGAUAAAAUAAAAAAGAGGAAAAUAAAGACAGAGAGUGAACACAUCAGUCUCUCAGAACUCUCCCAGUUUUCUCAUUUUCACUCUUUUAUCUCUCCAUCAUCAUCAUCAUCUGUGUUUCCCUCAGACUCAGAGUCGGAGCUCAGGGUUCCUCAGAAUAGUCUGUACACAUGUUAUUAUUCCAAUUUUAAUAUUAUAAAACUGUAUUUAUUCAGCAGAGGCACCAUAAGGAGACAUCAUCUCUGUGAUCUGGGAAGUUCAUAAUUUAAUGAUUUACUUAUAUAGUCUUUAACUUUUUCCCAUAAGAGGAGGAUCUUUGAACAUUUCCAUGAAUAAAUGUUCCACUUCCUGCCCCACACUUCAACAGAGAAGACAGAUCUUUCUCCUAUAUCCUCUGAAGAUCUUAACAACCAUGAUUAUUUAUCCAUGGACUCAUCUCAGACCAUCUUGAAGCUCUAGGAUGGAUUUUGGGUUAAUGAAGUAGAAUUAGAUUGGACUUCUGUCCUGACCAACAGGAACCACCUCUUUAACACGGUCUCUUCUUUAUUUACUAAAGUGGACUCUUGUUUUCGCCGUCUUUAAUCUGAACGUGGAUCCAGACUGUGGUGGUCCUCAGAGACCUGCUGGUGUCCAGAGUUUAAUCCCACAGAGUCCCUCACUCUGAGACUCGCUGCGACAACUUCAGUUUAUCCUAAAAGAGUCGAAACAGAAAGAAAUGAAUGUGCAGCAGAGGGGUUUUAGUGCUCUGGUCCAGGUCAGGAGGGUCCAGGUCAGGAGGGUCCAGGUCAGGAGGGUCCCGGUCAGGAGGGUCCAGGUCAGGAGGGUCCAGGUCAGGAGGGUCCCGGUCAGGAGGGUCCAGGUCAGGAGGGUCCAGGUCAGGAGGGUCCAGGUCAGGAGGGUCCAGGUGAGAACCAGUAGCGGGUUUGGGUGUAAUGUGGUCUGUUUCAUGAUGAAGACCUGGUCCCUGAGAAAACCGUCUCUGAGCGUCUUUACAUACUGACGUGUUGUCGGCGUGAGUCAGCUUAAGGGUGUCAGGGUCACAUAUCGGGGUCAGGGGUCGUUUCCUUGACUACAGUGUCGCAGCAGGAGGAGCGCCCCAUCAGACAGAUCCUCUACCUGGGAAACCUGCUUGAGACCUGCCACUUCCAGAGCUUCUGGGUAUUUACACACACUCACACACACACACACACACACACACACACUCACACACACACACACACACACACACACACUGAGCACAGCAGUCAGGUGUGUAUUUGCUCUAUUAGGUCCUUUGAUUUCACGACGUUUGUGCAGCAGGUGAAAAGUUUGAUCAAAUCAGCUGAUCGUGUUUUUGUCGUCUCUCUUAAUCGGACUCACCUGCUGAUCCAGGAUCUCGAACUUUCCAGAACUUUCCAUCACUCAGUUCGUUUACAGUCUCAGUUUAAUCAGACUAACCUCAUAACUCGUCUUUCUCUCUGAAUCAGACUUCUCUCCUCGUCCUCGUUUACAUGCAGCUGAGAAAAUCGAGUUAUUGAUGUGAAUAACAAUGCUAUAACAGGUCUGUGACAGGUCUAUAACAGGUCUAUGUCAGGUCUGUAACAGGUCUAUAACAGGUCUGUAACAGGUCUAUAACAGGUCUAUAACCGGUCUAUGACAGGUCUAUGUCAGGUCUGUGACAGGUCUGUAACAGGUCUAUAACAGGUCUAUAACAGGUCUAUAACAGGUCUGUGACAGGUCUAUAACAGGUCUAUGUCAGGUCUGUGACAGGUCUGUAACAGGUCUAUAACAGGUCUGUGACAGGUCUAUAACAGGUCUAUGUCAGGUCUAUAACAGGUCUAUAGCAGGUCUAUAACAGGUCUGUGACAGGUCUAUGUCAGGUCUGUGACAGGUCUAUAACAGGUCUGUGACAGGUCUAUAACAGGUCUGUAACAGGUCUAUAAUGGGUCUGUGACAGGUCUAUGUCAGGUCUAUAACAAGUCUGUGACAGGUCUAUAACAGGUCUAUAACAGGUCUGUGACAGGUCUAUAACAGGUCUAUGUCAGGUCUGUGACAGGUCUAUAACAGGUCUAUGUCAGGUCUGUGACAGGUCUAUAACAGGUCUAUAACAGGUCUGUGACAGGUCUAUAACAGGUCUGUGACAGGUCUAUAACAGGUUUGUAACAGGUCUAUAAUGGGUCUGUGACAGGUCUUUGUCAGGUCUAUAACAAGUCUGUGACAGGUCUAUAACAGGUCUGUGACAGGUCUAUAACAGGUCUGUGACAGGUCUAUAACAGGUCUAUAACAGGUCUGUGACAGGUCUAUAACAGGUCUGUGACAGGUCUAUAACAGGUCUUUGUCAGGUCUGUGACAGGUCUAUAACAGGUCUAUGUCAGGUCUAUAACAGGUCUAUGUCAGGUCUGUGACAGGUCUAUGUCAGGUCUGUGACAGGUCUAUAACAGGUGUUUCUCCUCCUCCUCCUUCUCCUCCCUCUGACCAAAGUCUCUCUUCUUCUCCUCCUUGUCUUCCUGACAGACGAGUCUGGAGGAGAACAGGGAGCUCAUUGACGGCAUCACAGGAUUUGAAGACUCUGUUCGUAAAUGUGAGUAUCAUCGUCUGACUCUGACUCGUCACUCCUUUCAGCUUCAUCACACCAUCAUCAUCUGUUGUUCCUCUGGUCUUCUCCUGCAGUCAUCUGUCAUGUGGUGGGCAUCACCUACCAGACCAUCGAGCACCGGUUACUGGCUGAGAUGUUGGGAGAUCCUCUGGGUAAGGGGUCAGGGGUCAGGGGUCAGGGGUUAGGGGUUAGGGUCACAAAAACCAGUAAGAACCAAAAAAACAUCUGUUAAAAAAAAACACGACACAUCAUCAGGAAACCGACAUGUAACCUGAAUGAAGAGAGCGUCACUCUCACCUGUGUGUGUGUGUGUGUGUGUGUGUGUGUGUGUGUGUGUGUGUGUGUGUGUGUCUGUCUGUCUGUCUGUCUGUCUGUCUGUCUGUCUGUCUGUGUGUGUGUGCGUGUGUGUGCGUGUGCGCAGACACACAGGUAAAGAUCUGGAUGAAUAAAUACGGCUGGACAGAGAACGAGGAAGGACAGAUCUUCAUCUUCAACCAGGAGGAGAGCGUCAAACCUAAAAACAUCGUGGAGAAAAUCGACUUUGAGAGUGAGUCUCCGACCCGACGAACACGGAGAAAAAACGAACAAAUAAACCAGAAAAUAUGGAAAUAUGAUCCCAAUGAACUUUGACCUUUUUCUUCUUCUUCUGCUCACAGGUGUGUCCAGCAUCAUGGCUACAUCCCAGUGA